AUGGCCAAUUCUUCUGUUGUGCUGAUCUGUAUAUAAAACCCAGAUUUCAUCAAUAUAACAGUGACUCAUGUCUAUCAAAAUUUCAUCCAAUUUGGUACAAUCGAAAAAAUACUUAUCUUUGAACGAAAUAAGCCAAUUUGGAAGGCCUUGGUCCAGUUCGAUAGUGUCCGCUCAGCUUUGAAUGCGCUUCAAUUAAAUAAUACAAUCAUGCAUGGACUUUCGAUAUUGGUUUAUGAGUCCAAUCGCAAGGGCCUCGACUUUUAAGCUCGUAAUCAAUAUGCCAGAUAUUACACUGCCUAGCAAGUUUAGGGCAUAGUGCAUUCAACUGAGUUGCCAAAGACUGACUCCAUAAACAAAUGGCUCCCACAUUCUUAAAUGUUGUCACCCUAAACUGGAAUGCCUUCCAUACCAACUUAGUUUGCAGAAGCUCUGAACUUUGAUAAGGCAGACGGCGCAUCUGACUACGAUUCUCAGGAAGAAGCAACUGAAGACAAAUAAGAAGAAUUGUCUAAUCAAUUUGUAAAGUGCAUGGGCGACAAUUUAACCUAACUUUUUCAGUUCUCACCAGGCCAACGCAUCUCCACUUCAUAACAACUACCAAACAGCAUUCAAGUAGAAAAAUAAAUCUUUCAAUCUGAAAUUCUUCCACAAAGUAAUUCUGAUCAUUUCUAUCUAGAAAAAUUGAUUACCAAGGUACUCUAUGCCAACUGGUUUGAUCCGAAGCAAACAUCCAUGACGAUGAUUUAUAAUAUAUUUAGCACUUUUGGAAACAUCUAAAAGAUGAUCUUCUUUAAGACUAAAUGCAACGUCUUAAUAGAAUAUUCAACAGAGGUUAGCGUUAAAUUCCUAUUGACAAAUUUCAAUGAAGGAAAUCCAACCCUUUUUGGUUAAAAAUUGAAAGUGUAUCCUUCCAAUUAUGAAUUUAUAUUCUUCAGAAAUUGUGAAGAAGGCUAAUUGCCAAAGAACACAGAAGAGGAAGAGUUUUAUUUAGGAAAUGAGGCAUCAUUCAGGUACAAAGAUAAUAAUUUCAAAUAUCUUGUCUCACCUUCAUAACAAAUAAUGCUGACAAAUUUGAAAAAAGAAUUCUGUGAAGAAGGCAUAAUUUAUCAAACUUUUUCGAAAUUUGGAUAAAUUGAGAAAAUUAAAAUAUUUUGUGAAGAAAAAAAUAAAAAUAAAUGUUUGAUCCGGUAUUAAGAGUUAGAUUCUGCGAUCUAAGCCAUGGCAAUCAUGCAUAAUUAUGAAUAUAACAAAAGGAAAAUCUAGAUUUUUUUUUCCAAAAAUAAAACAUGA